AUGGUGAACAAUGACGAUAAAAUUAAAGACAGUGAUAACAAUGUUAAUGAAGUUUUGUUAAGCAAGUAUUAUGAGUUGUUUCAUGAUGAAUCUUUGAUCAGUAACUUGAUACAAAUUUUGGAGUCUUUGCAAAUUUCUAAUGUGCCACUAAAGCAGUUUGUAGCAACAUUGAACAGACAGUUGAUACAAGAUUUAAUUCAUAAAAGGACUGAAGUUUAUGAAAAAGCAAUCAUUCAAGAUAAAGAAAUAGUUCUUUCUCAUACUGAACAGUCAGUUUUAUUUUACAUAUCUGGUUUCAUGAUUAAAAAAAUUGUAACAAACAAACAGCUUGAGAAAAAUUUAGAUGAUAAAAUGAUUGCAAAGCUAGUAAAAAACGAUAAAGAUUCAGAAAAAACAACAUUUGUGAACAAAUUCUCUGAAUGGACAGAACAAGUAAAUCGAGGUGGGCUUAAGGUACCCAGUGAUAACUUUUUUCUCUUCAUACGCUCGUGUGAACUCAUUGUCAGGAAAAACAUUGACGAAGAGCAUGUUACGUCUCACAUAUAUACUACAAUUAAAGAAAUCAUCUUGGAAGACCAUAUGGUGAAACAUUAUAGUGAACAGCUGUUCCAAGGAAAUCAGGCUCCUUUUUUAAUUGAGUUUUGUGUUGACUUGUUCCUAAAAGUGCGUGGACAUGCAGCUGCCAAAGUGUUAAAAGAGAAACUGCAAAAAUCAGAUGAGUCCUCAAAGACAAAUCAAACAUUAAUUAAGAUAGUCAUGAAUAAGUGA